AGACAAUUGUAUUAUUUAUACGAAGAAGCUGAACCGGAUACUGGUUACAAGGUGUCUGUUUGGGCCGAGACGAAUGGAGGUGAAGGUGCGAAAGUUAUGAGGGCCGUUAGAACAUGGCCAUUCAGAAAUCCAGAUAAGCCUGUAUUCAAAGCAGUAUCCACAUCACCGUGGACUGCAGAAAUUGAAUGGUUACCAUCGAAUGACACUAGCUAUUGGGCUAUGCCUGGAUCGUCGUUUUCGGUCAAUUAUUCAGUUGUAGAGAGUGGUGAAUGGAAAGAGAGUGAAAUAGUGACUCUACCAAACAGGAAUAUCUUUUUGGAUCAUCUCGCUGAGGACACCGAAUAUCGAAUUAUUGGCAUAUCGAGAGAGGGAACGCGACAAAACACUUCGGAUGAAAUGAUCAUUCGGAGUUUAAGUCGUGCCACAAUUACACAUAUUUCUAGAGAAAGUUUAACAAGUGCAUCAUGGUUCAUUGCGGUAUUAUUCGCCUUGCUCAUAGCGUUAAUUACCGCCUUCAUAAUUUGUUGUUGCCAAAGGCAACAAACCGGUAAAUAUUCGGUUAAAAGGAAGGAACUCGAGAAGGGACAUCAGAUCGAUUCUGAUGAACAUCAAAAGUUUAUGGAGUACCAGUACGGCUUUAAAUAG